AUGCCACCGUCAGAGGCCACACAAUCCGAAAAACAGUCCAAUUCAAAUAUCAAUUUAACACGUUCAACGCUAGGUCUUAACACACGCGUAGUUAGUUCAUCGAAUCUAGGUAGCAACGAUAAUGAUAACGAUACCGCACGCCAAUUAGUUGAUAACAUUAAGUCAAUUGAUUUGGGGGCGGGACACGAAGACGCCGCGGCCGCGCGCAAGGCCAUUAAGCGCAAUUCCGCCAGCCUCAUAAGCUUCAAGUCGCUUGAUAUCAAUCUCAAGAGCAUCUAUGCCGGCUUCAGGGCUAAGAAUUCAUCGGGUGAGGGAUCACGGGGUGGUGGGAGUGGUAGCAGUACAGCCCCAUCGAGCGGCAGCAGCAUCCGCCGGACGCCAUACUUGAAGAUUGAGGCUGUGGACAAGGAUGAGGCGGAGUCACUGCUCACGUACUGCCAGAGUCCAGGCAUGAAUCGGAGCCACAGGGGCAGUGUGGACAGAUCACCGGGCUUCCUCAAUAUACACGCGGACCAACAAUCCCAAUCGCAAUCGAGUUCGCCUUACCUCUCCAUCAGUCCACCCCACAUCAGGCGUUCCUCCACAUCUGACAUCAUUGAUAAGAAACCACCUGGAACGGAUAGUCGUCGUCCCAGUACAAGUAGUUUGCUGCGGAAGGCACGCGAGCGUAAGGGGAGUGAAUGUGGGGCUCGUAUGGGGCGGAGUAUCUCACAAGGGGGGCUAACGCGUGGUGGCAAACGCGGUGGGCGCCGCACAAGUAUGGUUUUCUAAAAAUUUAACCAUCUCCAUUCGUGACUCCCACGCUCAAGUCUUCUCUACAACAUCGAAUGGCAAUUUCAAGAUGGCCACAGUUCACACUGAGGGUGCUCUUUACUUUCUCACUGCGUUCUUAUUUUUAACAAUGGCGGUUGAUUGUCGGUUAAUUUAAAUUUGUAGGUUUUUUUUUGACAUGUGCUAGGUGACAGUUGACAGCUUGUUUUUGACAUUUGGUGAAGAUUUUGAUUGUUUUACUGUUUAUUUUGAUGAAUUUUCAAAAAAAAAAUCUAACUAGCAAUGACAGUUGGAAUUUUUUUUAUUAACAAAUCUUUAGAUUUUUUUUAACAUAACUUUUUUAUUACAUUAAUUUUCUUGUAGAUUUUGGUAAAGAAUAUAUAUUUGCAAAUUUUGUGAUUUUUCGCGUAGAUUUUAGGAUAAAAUUAGUUUGUAAUUUACACACUCUCAUGGACAGUAGAUGGCGUUAGUUGUCCAAAUAUCUGAUGAGUUUCUCAAAGAAUUAAUUCAACAUGAAAAAAAUAAA